AAAGAAUCUAGACAGCGCAUUAACUUCUAUCGCGACAGUCAUUUCACUUGUUUAACACUCUAUCCCCCCCAUUUCCGAGAGUCUCACAAUGCUGGCCAGAACUUCCCUUGCCGCAUCUUUCCGACCGACGGCGGCGACCACCAUCCCCGUCGUGCUCGACUUCCUCGCACCAUCCACGCUGCAACAGAGCCGUCGCCUGUACCACCCCACCACCACCAAUCACUCCGCUGCACCAUCCGCUCCCAGCCCGCCGUCCCCAACCGACCAUCAUGGCGCCCGGAAACCGAGAUACGCCCUCACCGCGAAGCAGCGCGAAUUCCUCGACAGCGCGCUGCGGGUCAACCAAGCCGGCGAGCUGGCGGCGACGCUGAUCUACACGGCGCAAACGCCGCAGGUGGUGCGCUCGCACCCCCACCUGCGCCCGCUGAUGAAGCACAUGUACGACCAGGAGGUCGGGCACUUCAACACAUUCAACCAGCUCAUCGCGAAGCACCGGGUGCGGCCGACGGCGAUGUACCCGGUCUGGUACGCGGCGGCGACCUUCCUGGGCUGGUCCACGGGCGUCCUGGGCCGGGAGGCCGCCAUGGCGUGCACGGAAGCCGUCGAGACGGAGAUCGGAUCGCACUACAACGACCAAGUCCGCGAGAUUCUGUCGUGGAAGGCCGAGGCGGAGCGCCGCGGCGAGGAGCUGGACCCGGAGCUCGAGGAGAUGCUGGCGAACUUCCGGCGCAUCCGCGACGAGGAGCUGGAGCAUCUGGAUCACGCGGUCGAGAAUGAUGCCAAGGAGGCGAAGCCGUACGAUCCCUUGGUUAAUUUCAUCCGCUAUGGAUGCAAGGCUGCCAUCAAGAUUAGCGAGAAGGUCUAGACGGGAGCCAGCCCAAUCUCGGGAGGUGUUCGGAGCUUUGCAACAUGAUUUGUUUCCGGCCGCUGUGGGGAAGAUCCCGGCGUUUACGGCAAUCUUGUGUACGAUGUACGAUGUACGAUGUACGAUACAUUGAUGUUGCCUACUGUAUUAUAUUCUAGUCCAUAUGUGUUGUCUAUAAGAUGCAUCGACGAUUCGCUCCGGUCUAUCUUCGCUGCAAAGCAAGUCACUCAGGUGGUGGUGGUGGUGGUGGUCUAUCAUAUCUCAACUCGCAACUGCUCACAAGAAGCAUGCGAUCCCUACCUCCUCGCGCGGCGAUCGACGACCC